ACAUCUACGCUGAGAUUUCACUGGCACUUUCUGAUUCGUGUUUCCCCACGUUGUCACUAACAGAGAGAGAGACGAGCAGUGGAGGAGAAGCAGCGAACUAUCACGUCUCCUUACCGACCGGGGCGGGCUCUCGGUUAUACCGAACCGGGGCUGUUUGGUGUUGUUUUGAUCCGAGAUGGCGUUCAUGGAGCAGCAGACGCCUCCGUUGUCGGGCAGGAAGCCGCCGCUGGACGACACCGUGCCGCUGAGCGCCGUGAUCGAGGCCAGCCAGAGUUUACAGUCGCACACGGAGUACAUAAUUCGUGUUCAAAGGGGAGUUUCCACAGACAACAGCUGGACGGUCAUCCGACGAUACAGUGACUUUGACAUGCUGAAUAAUAGUUUACUGAUCUCUGGCUUAAACUUGCCACUUCCACCUAAGAAGCUUAUAGGAAAUAUGGACCGAGAGUUUAUAGCUGAGCGUCAAAAGGGUCUUCAGGCUUAUCUGAACUACAUCACGCGACACCACGUCCUGUCCAGCUGUGAGCUGGUCAAAAAGUUUCUCGACACAAACAAUUACUCAGCAAACUACACUGAAAUAGCCCUACAGCAGGUGUCCAUGUUCUUUAGAUCUGACCCAAAAUGGGAGGUUAUUGAGCCGUUAAAAGACAUAGGCUGGCGAUUACGAAAGAGGUACUUCUUGGUCAAAGACAAAGAUCAACCCAAAGAGAAACAAGUGUUAAGCUGGGUUGAUUUGGGUCCAGAUAAAUUCCUGUCGGACAAAGAUCUUCAGUCUGCAAUGAAGCUGCUUCCUACAUUGUCUCAUCCAAACAUCUCUCCUGUGAGUUUCGCCACUACCAAUGAAUCGUCUGCACUAGUCAUUAGAGUUUUCAGCGAGAAAGGAACACUGAGGGAUCACAUUUGCAAGGUGAAGCCAAAAGAGCCCUUUCUGAAGAAGUACUGCAAUCCCAAAAAGAUCGAGGGUUUGGAGCUGCAACAAAUCAGAACUUACGGAAAACAGAUUCUGGAGGCACUGAAAUUUCUCCAUGACAAGGGUUUUCCAUACGGUCAUCUGCAUGCAUCUAAUGUUCUUAUAGAGGAGAACACAUGUAAACUGUUGGAUGUAGAGAAUUCAUUACUGGGACUGCCAUCAUACUACCGGCCCUACGUAACACAAUUCAGGAAAAUUAAUACGACAGAAAGCAUUGAUGUGUACUCGUUUGGACACUUGCUUUAUGAAAUGACGUACGGCCGCCCACCGGACGCUGUACCAGUGGAUCAGUACCCUACCGCCCCGUUUUCAUACAUAGUGUCUGUACUUCAGUCCAUUCUGUCCACAGAAGCUUGCAAAACGGGAAUGCCAACCGUUUCCCAACUCUUGCAAACACCGUUAUUCAAUGAUGUGCUUCUGUAUAAUUUGGAGAAACCACAGUUUAAGAUGAGUUCUAAAUUAAAGGAGGCUCUGAAAUCAUCUAAAGAGUGUUUAGAGAAGCGUCUGCUGGAGGAACAGAGAACGAUCCACCAACACAAAAGGUUGACACGAGCGCAGUCACACCACGGCUCGGAGGAAGAGAAAAGGAAACGGAAGAUCUUGGCCAGAAAGAAAUCCAGACAGUCAACUUAUGAAAACGAGGAGGAUCUCUCUGUGAAAUACAACAACAACUCUGCAGGUUCUGGGGCGAGUUCUCCUCCAACCUGCCCAUCCUCACCCACUCCGCUACUUGGAUCAGGUGCACCUCCAGCACCUCCUCUUCCUCCCCCUGCUGCUGCUCCUCCACCAGCUCCUCCUCCUCCAGGGCUCGAUCCCAGCCCUCCGCCCCUCACACCUCCCAAUGCCAACGGCGUGGGCAGGGGUGCCCUCCUCAGCUCCAUCCAGUCGUUCAACAAAGUCAAACUGAAAAAAGCAGAGACCGUUGACCACAGCGGCCCACGCUUGUGAAACAAAAAAGUUACGGCAGCAAAACCGCAACGGGUUACCCCUUGUUUUAGUGCAAUUGGUCCAUUUGAACUUUCCAUGGCUUUUUAGCUACUCUCGUCUAGAGCGAAAAGUGACUAUUUAUUUUUGAACUUUAACGAUGUUUGUUUUAUUCACUUUUCUGUAACAGUUUGGACAUGGAGCCCUGCAUUUGUUUUAAUGCCGUUUGACAUAACCUAAACAAUUCUGCUUGGACCAGAUAUUGUAUUUAAUCCUCAGAUGAAGAAAUUAUGACUGAAAUCACAACGAGUUCCUCUUUGUUAUAAUGCCAUUCGUCCAUUGCGAACUCUCUCAUGGCUUUUAGCUACUUCCAUUUAACAGUGAAGAGUGAUGGUCUAUAUUUAAACUUCAACGAUGGAUGUUCGUUUGUUUUAUCCACAUUUCCAUGACAGUUUAGACAUGGUGCUGUGCAUUUUUUUCUUUGCUACUUAACGUAACCUAAAAAAAUUUGGACCAGCUAUUGCACUUAAACAUCAAACGGAAAAAAUGACGACAGCGAAAUAUCGACUUUGUAUUAGAGCAUUUCGUGCACUGCAAACUUUUUCUUCUAGCAGUGUUUAUAUUUGAACUUCAACAAUGUUUGUUUAUUUGCUUAAUUCAGAUCACGUAACAAUUCGAAAAUGGAGCCCUGCGUUUUUUUUUACGCUGCUCGAUGUAACCUAAACUAUUCUGUUUGGACCAGCUAUCAUUUAAUGUGACUUCAGACUCAUUCUGAAGAAAAAAAAAAUCACCAUCUUUAUUUUAUCGAACGGUCUCCUAAAGACGAGGGCACAAGCUGGAGGAAAAUAAGAACAGCACAUUUAUUACGAAUAAAAAUGUAAUUGGAUUUUAUUGUUGGUUCAUACAGUGAACUGCAGAAUGUUUUUUAUGCUUUCAUGGGGGUGGAUUGAUUCUGAAUAUUUUAAUUUAACAAUUUGCAAUAUUAUGCCUUUUUUUGUUGUUGUUGUUGUUGUUUAACUGAUGGUGGUAAAUUUGGAGGGUUUGAGUGCGAUGAUUCUUUUAAGCGUUUGCCACAUUUACCAUUGUGCCUAAAGCUGAGAGCUUUCUUUUUUCUCAGUUUUUUCCUGCGGAAAAUUUGUACCUACAUUGUUCGUAUUUUCUCUCAGAACAAAGUCAUAUAUUGUAUUCAUGUUCUGCAAGAUCACAAUCAAUCACAAUACAUUUAUCUUUAUGCCCCUUAUAACAGAGUUGCAAUGGCUUUUAUGCACCACUAACAUGAUUGUAUAAUGGCCAUUGUGAUGGCACUUGUACUAUCCACUCGUCCUAUUGGUUGUUUGCAACCUGUUCGAGAUUUCAGCCAGUUAGAAAUGACCAAGAAGUGAGAAUGCUGGAAGUAACUCCUUAUUUUGCACACCUGUUGGGAGAAAAUAACUUGUGUAAUUAAUGUAUAUUGCAAGGUUGUCUUGUAAACCAAACAGAUCUGGUUAUAUAUUUAUCAUUAUGUAUAAUAAUGCACAAUAGUUCACCUUAAAGUUCAUCUUUUGCUCUUUUAAUAGUCAAUCCAUUUGUAUAUUGAUUCAUGCAGACAUUGAAAACAUUACUGUUAAAUGCAUAACGUAAUACAUAUACCGUAAUUCUCUUCUGUGUUAUUAUCGUGGGGGAAAAUUGAAUCAUAUUUUCAUUUUCGCUAUAGCACUUUACCGCUGGUCUUGAAAAGAAGAAACGUUGUAAAGUUUACACAGAGAUUUAUGUAUGUCGAAGAACAGUCGAGAAGACAAUGUUAGUUUCAGAAUAAAUGUUUAAUAAUGAAGAAAUUUGCCGAUGUUCAGUUGCCACAAUGGUUGUUAAAAGAACUGGAGGUGAACAUCCUCAAAAUAAUAAAAAAAUAAUAAUUUCCUGUUCUAAAACUUGUAUUGGCUAUAUUUGAAAAGAAAUUGUCUUGUGCUUUUAGCUGUGAAUAUUGAAGUAAAAACAAUGAAACUAA